AGUAAUUCAAAGGAGAACUUUUAGUUCUAAAUACUGUAACUUUCAGUGCUGUCAGUUUCUCGAGAGUGCCAGUACUCGGUGGUAUAAAAUAUUUGGCAGCCUGUCGAGGCUGGUGAAGGAGAGGCAUCUCAUCUGAGGAUCUGAUCCGUUAUAUUUACCUCAUUUGCAGCUGUAGGCAAGUUUAUAUAGUGUCUUCCAGCUGAGGAACAUAAUUCAGCUAACAAAUGUAAAGUAAAUAACAGUUAAAGACUGUUUUAGAGCAAAAAGGAAGCUUUAAUAGACAUUCCUGCUACAGGCCUGCUGAUAGUAAUUUAAGGGUUUUUUGUAACUAGAAAUAUUUUCAGCAGCAUAGUGCUGUGAUACAUUCUUAAUGCCUGCACUUUCAUGUUGUGAGUGUGACUGGCUGAAGUUAGAUGAAAGGCCCAUCUAGCUCUGGGUUCUGUCUCCUGACAGCAGCUGUGAGUCAGUGCCUGAAGAGGAGUGUUAAAACAGGGCAGAUGUCUGCAGCACAUCCCCUUGUACUUUCUAAGCCUCCAGUUGCUGUCACUCUGGAGGUAUUUUGGGUCAGGUGUGAGUUUUAGUAACCUUCACUGGAAAUCUUUUCACAAGCUUAUUCAGUCCCUGAGCCACUAUAAACUGAUUAGCACCCAAAACGUUAUUUCUCUUGGAAUUUCAGACACCCUCUCCUUUUUUUUUUAAUGCAGAAUCUGGCUUCUAUGAGGUGAAUUUGAUGCCCACUCAGCUCUUUUGUGGGAAGAGGAAAUGAACAUUUGAUCCCCCAUGUCACUCAUGAUUAUGCAAACUUCUGUCAAAUUCCUUCAUCAUUCUUUUUCAAAUAGAAGAAUCCUAGCUUGUUGCAUUUUUCCUUGAGCAGCAGCUUUUCCAUAUUUCUGAUCAUUCUCAAUGACUGUUAAUAAUUUUGACUUCUAUCACAUUCCAUUUCACAGGGGAGGGAACACAGCUGCUGGCGUUACUUGACAGUUGAAUGUCUUGUAGAUUUGAACAGUGAUGUAAAGUUGUGUCUAUUUUGUUCUCUGUUCCUUUUCUUAGUAAUUCCUAAGAGUUUGAUUUGCUUUGUUGGUCCUUACUAAGCCUUGAGCUGAUGUCUUCAUUAGACUAGCAACCACCUUGUAAAAUCCUGAGUGACAGUAGAAACUUUAUACAGUUGGUGGUUGGAACGUCAUACAGUUGGAGGUUAGGAUUUUUUCCAUUAUUUGGGUCUAAUAAUAAUAUCUGUUAGUAGUUAAAAGAUUAAUAAUAGUCUGCUAACAAUGUUUAUUUUUUUCAUGCCUGUCAGACUUGACGGCUCGUACUUCCCUACAUCUCUCUAGAACUGCUUUUAAAAACUGUCAUUGUUAUUUCCCAGUCCAUGGGUAACCAAGGUAGGCUGGGAAAUGUUAUGUGUGCCCAGGACUAUUUCAACUAUUUCUUCAUCACGUUCCUUUGGAACAUGUGGGGUGAGAUCAGUCUGGUGCUGGUUGUUACUCAAUUUCAUUUGUUCCAUAACUUUACAAAUAUUUCAAUCCCACAGUGGCAGAGCUCCAUAGGUGAAGCCUGUACACACCACAAAAGUGAGAAAGCAUUUUGGUUUAUCCCAAGCUUGCUGCAGACAGUUUUCAGGCUCCAUUCUCUUGCUCAUAGGAAUUUUUCUACAUUUUCCAAACAUCCACGCAACACGAACAGUUCCUGCUAUAGAGGAAGAGCAAAAUAAGCAAUUGGCAAAAGCCUAAGUAACCCUGAAAAUUCAGAGGAACGGAAGCAAUACUAUCACACCUCUUAGUGGAAGGAAGCUGUCGUAAAGCAUGCAUACCUUCCUUAGUCAUGUAAACCAAUGGUGCAGCUUGACAAUACCAGUAUUUUGGAAGGGAGCAGUGGCAUAGUUCUCUAAAUAAUUUGCCUUGAAAGUCUUUUUCAACAAAAUGUUAAUUGAACCCAUUUUAUAAAAUGGGUCAGUUGAAACACAUGAGUGAAAUUGCUGAAAAUAAAUCUUCAGGGCAAAUGCUCCCAGCACUUGGCCAGAUUAAAGUGAUUUUUUUUUUCACUAUUCACAUCAUAUAGCACUUCAAAAUUGCACCAAGCCAUGGACAAAGUGUAAUUUUUAUCACUGAAAAGCAAAAAUCCCAGUUUGAGUUCGUUCUACUAGCAAUGGCUGCAGCAGUUUUAAAAUCAGUUUUGCAUGUGUUCAAUAUCUAUGCAGAACAAUUCCAGUAUAGGAAGAAUUACCUGUUAUUACUCUGUAGGAUGCAUGCUUUAUAGCUCAAGGUAAGUUUGGCUUUAACAGAAUCUGUGGAAGUUCAUUAUGAAGUAAAGUUUUCCUGAAUUAUUUUUAUAAUGCAUGAACAGUUAAGCCUUGAUGAGAAAUGUGGUCUUUCUGUCAGCUGCAUGUAUAGGCUUUUAGUAUAUUAAUGUGCUUCAGAUUUUUGCAGUCUGUGUUUUUUGUAGUUAAAUGUCACAGGGACUGUCUCCUGGCUGUCAGUUUUCAGGAAUUGUGUGAAUUCCCAUGUGCCACUGUAGUUAGGCUUUGGGAAGGAGCAGGCAGAGACCAUCGUGUCGGCACUAAUAACCCUGUCGAACGUCAGCUUGGACACCGUCUAUAAGGACAUGGUCACGCAGGCUCAGCAGGUAAAAACCAGUCUGUGGUGUGUAGCUGUAACAGCUCAUACUUGCAUCUUUAAAGCACAAGAAAUAACUUUACAGCAGAUAAUGGCACAUUUGGACUCCAUUCGAAAAGAUAUGGUCAUCCUGGAGAAAAGUGAAUUUGCAAACUUGAGAGCAGAGAAUGAGAAAAUGAAAAUUGAAUUAGAUCAAGUUAAACAGCAGCUAAUGAAUGAAACUGGUAAAAUCCGAGCUGACAGCAAGCUGGACAUAAACCUGGAGAGGAGCAGGGUGACAGAUAUGUUUACAGAUCAGGAGAGGAAACUGAUGGAAGCAACUACAGAGUUUCAUAAAAAAGAUUCAAGUACCAACAGCGUUAUCUCAGAAAUCAGUAAUAAAAUUGACACUGAAAUAGCUUCCUUAAAAACACUCAUGGAAUCUAAUAAACUUGAUACCAUACGUUAUCUGGCAGCUUCAGUGUUCACUUGCCUGGCAAUAGCACUGGGAUUUUACAGGUUCUGGAAGUAGAUCUGAAUGGAAUGACUGCAUCUAAUACAGACAGAGAAAAGACCACCCAGACCAGCAGUAGUUUGAUGAUCAUGUUUGCACUGUAGACAACCUUUGUACCUUUUGAUUUGAUAUUCUUACCGUAUAAGAAAAAUGUUUUCUGAAUAUGUAACACUAAAGAUGAAAAAAAUUGGGGGAAAGUAGCCAGAUAGUAAUAUUUUGUUGUCUCUUGUUCAAUAAUGUAUUUAUUUCAAAGUAUUUCUUAUCCUAUACCACAAAGUGUUUCCUAAUAUUUUUUAGAAUUAAAUUUGGUUUUCCAACA